UUCUUUUCUUUUUUUUUCCUCCCAGAGCUGGGGACUGAACCCAGGGCCUUGCGCUUGCUAGGCCAGCACUCUACCACUGAGCUAAAUCCCCAACCCCCUGCUCGGUGCUUCUUUUCGGUGGUGCUUAGUUUCCUGCUGGGUAUUCCUAAGCCAUUUUAGUUGCUGGUCCACAAAAGACAAUGGGAACACACCUGCUGAUUGCCCCCAACUCCUCAUCAACACUGGGCAGUGGGCAGACUCCUAAGAGGAGGCGGGGCCUCUUGAAGUCCUGGGUUUGUAGGAUUUCUAAGUCUCUGCUCAUUUGGUUUUGGGCUCUUCCCUGGUGCUUCCACCUCCUGUACCCAGGUAGACUCACUGUGUCGAGUAAAGAAACUAUUCCGGGAGCUGAUUGUCCCCAGCGACUCUCCUAGAGAGGAAUGGGGUCCUUCCAAAGAGGACCAAGGGCAGCCUCUGCAAGUUCAUUCAGGAUGUGCCAGGAUGGUAGGCUACAGCCAGAACCCAACACGGGAUCACAGCAUUGGCAGAGUCGACGGCAUGCCAAGCGUCCAGGCUUGGAGACUACUGAAGGACACACCAGCCUGUGACCUGGCUGCAGAGGUGGUGGCCUGUGAACAUUAGGGAUUGCUUAGCUUGACUGUCUGUGGGAGAUGAUGAGAGACGGCUAGGCCCAGAAGAAGAGUCGAGUCAUCUCUGCAUAAAUUUCUGGGGUCUUCCACAACCCGGGAGGAAUCCAGAUGCCAAGAUUCCACCAUGCAGGUUACCUCACCUUGUAGUUAGAAUUUCUCUUGCUAUGAUAAAAGCCACGACCAAAAGCAGCCAGAGGAGGGAGGAUUACUUCACUGUGUAGCUAGUAGCCCAUCAUCCGGGGAAGUCACAGUAGGAGUUCAAGGCAGGAAGGAGCACAGAGGUAAAAACUGAAGCAGAAGUUACAGAGGAACAGUGCUUACUGGCUUGCUUCUUACGUACGGUUUGCUCGGUCUGCUUUCUCAUGGUAUCUGGGACCACCAGCCCAAGAGGAGGAGUGAGGUAGACCAUCCUACACCAAUCCUCAAUUAAACCAACCAAACAAACAAAAAUGCUUGUAAUGACCUUACUGUGGGGGUGUUUUCUCAGUUAAGGCUCUCCCUUCUCAAAUGACUCUAGCUUCUGUCAGGUUGACAGAAGUGGAAACUGAAGGGUUCUUUGGAAAGUCCUUUGUGUUGGUUGGUGUUUUGCUAAAGCAGACACGUGAAGGAACGUUUCACUGAAGCAGACACAGGUGAAAGGAUGUUCUGCUAAAGCAAGCACGUGAAAGGACACGGGAUGAAGGAUUCUUCGAUAACGGCACGCAUGUACUGGUCUGCCUUACACUGCGUAAUUGAGCUCCUUUUGUCGGGACUCCAUAGAGAGAAACGCACCAAAAAAACCUUUUGGUGGUCUGCUGGCAGCGUCUUGCAGCUUCUGUGGACUCAGGAUGAUUGGUAGAGUGAUGUCAGCUGAGAGAGACUCACGUGAAGUUUUGCUAAGACAGACUCUCUGCUGAGACAAGACACGUGGUGAGGACACGUGAUGUUUGGAGGGAAUGUGAAUAGGACUGGACAGACAGAGACAAGGGCUUGGCUUACAGAGCUAGCUGUACAAUGCUUCUCGGUCUCAAGUCUUCGAUGAUCUUCUCUGUAUAGACAGAGGCACAGCUGAGAACUUCUCCUGGUGUCGCUGGUGGACUUGGUUGCUCCUGCUGACUCGUGCUGAUUUGUCCGAGGUCUGGCUGUUUCUGCUGGGUCAUCCCACCGCUGCUGCUAUCCCAACACUACUGAACUGGACUGCUGUCGUGUGCGUGAAGUGUUUGCAUGUGGAUUGAGCCGCUGCUGCUGACCUGUGAACUGAACUGCUGAUUUCCAGACAAUGCAGAUGGGAGUUGCUCUAAAGAACCUUUCUCAACAGGUCCACUUCCCCCAUAUCCUUUCUUUCCCACUACGUCUGGUGUGUGCUGGUCUAGAAGGGAGGUUAAAAUGUUAAGAACCAUCAUUAAAAGUAGACUUUGAAGAAGACUAAAGUUACAGUUAACCCGAAACUAGUCAGAACAUCUUGGCCGGUCUUCCAGGAUGGAGGCCAGUCUCUGCAGCUAGAAAGCCCUACUUGGUCCCCUGACUGCUGACACCCAGCAGGGUGUCACUCAUUGCUAGUAUGCUGGGGAAGAGCUGACUUCUUCGUGGCCGGCUUGCCCAGUCAUUGUCAUGUGCCCUAUGACCUUUGGUAUAUGCUUUGGGCCUUAGUUGGACCCAUCUGUACGCGUGUCAAUCAAUAGCACCUCCAUCACAGGGUUGGCUACGGUGGGGAGCAAUGGUUUUUUUCUUUUUCUUUUUUUUUUUUUUUUUUUUUUGGACAAGAGCAAAAUGGGUGUGGUGAGGGCCGAGGAUCCAUGGGACAGGGAUGCAGACUGUUACCAGUUGCCAUUUUGAUCAGAAGUCAGGGCUGCCCCUGUCCCAUAGAGACAUGAUGAGGUUGCUGUUUGCCCCAGUGAGGGCUACCUACAGUCCCUAGCCAGGUAGGAACUAUGCACAGGACCCACACAGGAGGUCCCUAGAGAGGGGGCGGAUGCUUUCUCUCUCAGCAGCACCCUACACAGAAGGGGAGUGAUGUGGACCGGGUAGUCUUGAUGCUGCAGUUUCAUAGUAACUCAUGGAGGGUGAUCUUGGAGAGAAAAGAAGUCACUUCCUUGGGCACUGGGAAGAGCACAGGCUGAGGGCACGGUCAGUGGUAUCUGGGAUCAAGGCUCGAGAGUCCAGUAGUGCUCAGGUUUUACUGGGACAGCUCUAACUAAGCCUGUGUCGUCUCUAGUCUACUACGAGCACACGACGGUGGGGAGCACGACGGUGGGGAAAUAUAAAAAUCUGGGCCAGGGGUUAGGGAUAUUGCUCUAUUAAAAAAAAAAAAAAAAAAAAAAAGGACUCGAUGCACAAGCAUAAAAGGAUCCAAAUUUGAUUCCCAAAACCCAUCUAAAAAGAUAGGCACAUUUGUAAUUCCAGCACCGGGGAGAUAGAGACAGCUGGAUUCUUGGGUUCACUGGCUGGCCAGCCUAGCCUGACUGGUGAAUUCAGUCUCAUUAUCUCAGGGAAUAAGGCUGAGGAAUGACUCCUGCAAUCAACUUCUGACCUUGACCAGUACAUACACACAUGUGGAACCACACACACACACACACACACACACACACACACACACACACACACACACAUGUGCACACUAAUUGAGCCAAAUACCUUUCAGGUAAUUUUUUUUCCCCCUACAACGUACAGUUCUUCCAGGUGAGCAAACACAAGACAGUACACCCCACCCCCACCCUGCAGUGCCUUCUCAAUUUCCUGCUCACAGCAUUUUGGCUUCUUCUGGAAAGUGCUGUUAGGCCCAGAGAAGUUCCCUAGACCUCAGGAGCCUGACUUACGGGGCCCACCUGCUUGAUUUUUCAAAUGAAAGCAGAUUCCGGGGUAUUCCUGUGGUACCGUAUGAAAGACUCUGCACCUUUCAAAAACUGUAUGGUGUGGGGGUACAGCUCACUUAAGUAGCCCCGCCUCCAGUUCCAUCCCCAAGGGUGAGAAGAGAAACAACAAUACUUAAAAACCAAAGCCCAAAUCAGAAAGUUAAAAUGUAGCCAGGACACAGCCCCAAAUUGAUGGCUACGGUAAACACAGUCUGUUUAUUUCAGAUGCUUUCAGAAAUCUGUAUCCACCUGGCUGAGGGGCCCAGAAGGUGAAGAGACCUCUGGCAUCUGGGUCAAGGGCCUUCCCGUGUGCAGGUUUCCUGUAAAUGCUGUUGGAUCCGGGUCAAAGCUGACUCUGUGGGAUCUGAGAAACCACAGCCUCCCUGGGGAGUCCCCCUGGGGCUCCCACUCACCCCAUGCACCAGGAAAGCUUGGUUUCUGCUUGACUUAUUGUCUCCGCAGGAGAGGCCCCAAGUUUUUCCCCUUUCUGCCACCCUCCUCCCUAAGGCUCUGUCCUUCUUUCUGUGGCCCUGUGGUCCCUCUGAAGCUCUGGGCACAGCUAGGACACAGUACACAGGACUGCCCUCUGGAAGUUGCCCCACGGUUGUGUUUCAGGAAAACCUAGAAGGGCAUUAGUGGGCAGGGCUGGAAGGCGUCACAUUAAGGCCAGGACUUAGGGCCAUAUGAGUUAGCCUCCUGGAGAAAGGGCCAACGAAGGCACAGACCCUGGAGGGAACAUAAGCUGGGCCAUGAGAGGGUUUGGAAAAGUGGCUGGAAGAGUUUGCUGGAUGUCAGAAUGCCACUGUGAACCGACAGAAGUGGCCGGGUGGAAAUGUGACCUGAAGGGUGGUUCAGAGGUGGGAGCUGAAAUGGGGCAAGGUCCCUUCCCCCAGUGCCCUCUCCUCCAGUGUCCCUUGGCUUUUUGGGUUAGAUUGCCCCACCCUUGGCUUUGGCUUGCUGACCAUGGGCAAGUCCUGGCCACGAUCCCCGGUUGGAAGCUUGAAGAGGUACCAUAAGGGAGUUGCAGUGUCUGAGCCUCCCCCUCCCCCAACACACCCUUGCCCCCACACCCCAUGUGUGGGCCUGAACAACCACUCUGCUGCCUGGCGGAUCCUGCGAUGUUUCCCAGGCAACUGUCUCAUACAGCCUGUCUGCCUGGCACUCCCACACCCCAUAAAUGCCGCCGUGCCUGGAUCCAGGCAGCCUUGCCUGCUUGGCACACACAGGCCAGCAGGUGUGGGGAAUGCAGCCCGUUGUCAGAAGGCCACGCAGGCAGAGAGGCAGCUCAGGCCUCUUGGACACCCUCACGCAGUCAGUGAGUAUGGCUGGGGUGCCCUGCGUAGAUGCCACGCUGUUCUACCUCACAGUAAGUGUGGGGAGAUCUGAGUGGCAUGGCUAGAGUAUGUCCCCGGGCAUGCUGGCCUCUACAGGUUUCACUCGAAAGCUAACCCUAACCUGUGUCCUUUCUGGACUUGGACACCGACAGGUGCUGUCACUGUCAUGACCCAUUUGUCCAGUAAAUUAAUGGUAAACCCGGUUCCCAAGAAGGCAAGGAGAAUGUUGGAAGUCAAGCAGGACUUGGAUGACCCCAGCAGCUUCCAACUGGGGUUCUGAUGGACGGGUUCACCUAGUCCACCAGCUUACCAGCCCCUGUUGACGGCAGAGAUCAAUCUGGUGACCAGCUUUGCUAGUGAGAAAGUCAGGAUUCUGUUAAUACCACCUUGAGAAAAUAGCUUGCUGAGACACCAACCCGGCCGGCAGACCCUCGGCACUUCUGAGACUAGCUUUGGAGGGUGGAGUUUAGGCUUUUCCUCCAAGAAAAUACGGUCUAAUGAUGGACAAGGCCAAAGAGAAAAAGGUGGGCUCAACCUGGGUGUGGGUGGGCAGAUGCAGGCAGCUUUACUGCUUCCCACACUGGGUCACUUUCUGCAUCACCAGUGUGUCUCCUCCAAAGGGCCGAAGUAUCCUUUUGUAACUGUGAAUCUUGGCUCAGAAGGAAAGUUGUUUCUGCAAUGCAAGGGUUAAUCCCAAGCAGAAAGUAUUUUCCAGUAAAUUCCUUGUCACCACAACAGAUAGCUCCAGGAGAGUGAAAUCCUUUCACCGUAUUCAAUCUUAGGUUUUUAAAUUUUUUUCUUUUAAUUUAUUUUGUUUUUCAAGACAGGGUUUCUCUUUGUGUAACCCUGGCUGUCCUGGAACUUGAUUUGUAAACCAGGCUGGCCUUGAACUCACAUUGAGCCACAUGCUUCUGCCUCCUGAGUGCUGGAAUUAAAGGCAACACCACCACCUGGCUUCAACUUUACAUUCUGGAGAGAUAGCUCAGUGGUUAACAGCACUUCACUGCUCUUCUAGUGGUCCCAGUUCCCAGCAAUCACAUGGUGGCUCACAACCAUUUAUACUGGGAUCUGAUGCCCUCUUCUGGCAUGCAGGUGUAGGUGCAGCUAGAGCACUUACAUACAUAUUUUUUUUUUCUUUUUCUUUUUCUCAGAGCUGGGGACCGAACCCAGGGCCUUGCACUUGCUAGGCAAGCGCUCUACCACUGAGCUAAAUCUCCAACCCCCAUAAAUAUUUUUUUAAAAAUUCCUUCCUCUGUGGUGUGAGCAUACACACCAUAGUGGAGGUCAGGAGACAACCUCACUUUCCAUAUUGUUUAAGGCAGUCUCCUCUUUGGUUCCUGUCUCUGCUCAUCUCAAAGUACCCUGGGAGUCCAGACUUGUGCUGUCCGGCAUGGUUUCACGUUGGUUUUGAGAACUGACCUCAGGGCCUCAUGCUUGCACAGACACUUUGCCCACUGAGACAUCUCCUCAGUCCAAAUUCAACUUUUUGCUUUUUUGUUUUUGUUUUUGUUUUUUUUUCAGAGCUGGGGACCAAACCCAGGGUCUUGCGCUUACUAGGCAAGCGCUCCACCACUGAGCUAAAUCCCCAACCCCUUGUUUUGUCUUGAGACAGGAUCUUUCUUCAUAGCCCUGUUAUCCUGGAACUCACUCCACAGAGCAAACUCAUAGAGACCCUCCUGCCUCUGCCUCCUGAGCACUGGGAUGAAAGGUCUGUGCCAGCACCGUUCAAAUUAAACUUUUAAAGCCUUUCUUGGCAAUACUUCGCAGACAGCUGGGACAAGGUCACUGCUGGGGCUGCUCAUUACCCUGCUUCUACCUCCUCAGGUUCUAAAGAUGGUUGGAUUGGGGCUGGAGCGACGAUUUAAUGGUUAAGAACAUUUCCUUUCUUUCUUUCUUUUUUUUUUUUUUUUCGGAGCUGGGGACCGAACCCAGGGCCUUGCACUUGCUAGGCAAGCGCUCUACCACUGAGCUAAAUCCCCAACCCCAGUUAAGAACAUUUGCUCCUCUUUGCAAAGGAUCCAGGUUCAUUUCCCAGCAUCCGCAUGGUAGCUCGCAACUGUAACCACAGUUCUAGGAGAUCCAAGAUCUUUUCCCACCUCUGUGGGCAGCAGACACAUACCGCACAGAUAUCUGCUCUCGGAUCCUUAGGAGAUUAAACUUGCUGAUCCUCUUCAAGCCUACAGAGAUAGAAGACAACCUCGGUCCGGAAUCCAUCCCCGACCCUGGCCUGGACACAAUUUCCAGGUUGUGGAACCUGGAAGUACUCACAGUAGGGGUGAUCUCACCUAAAGAUGAGAGGCAAAGUUCUGACUGGAGGAAGAGCCAGGAAAGGGGUUAGGGAGUCAGAUGGUUGCAGGACAGGCUUUUGGACCGUCCCUGACCCCUGGGGGCUUUGCAGUAGAAUGCUAUUAGCGAAUCCCAAUGCGUCUGUCAAAGUGCCUGGGCUUUUGCUGCCACCAAGUGAUGGGUUGCAGGAUUGCAGGGCGGGUUAUUGGCUAGGUAGGAAACCGGGGAUUUUCUCUCUGAGCCUUCAUCCCCUGGGCUUUGAGGUUUCAUUGCCUCUCUCUUUGGUAGAAAAACCCAGUUCCUUCUAUAAGAAGAAGAGGAAGAUGAUGGCAAAACUGGACUUGGGAAUCUGGCCCUGUCCAUGGGGCCCUCCUGAGAAAGGCCAAAGAACUGGAAACUGAGGCAGGGCAUUGUCUAGUACCACUGGGAGGUGCCAUCAGCAGGGCAAGCCUGACAGUUCUCAGCACGUGUUGACAGAUGGGAGCCCAGGCUCCAGGGUCUGCACAGGGUCGGGUGGGUCCAAUCUCGCACCCCUGCAAACUGGAGGUCAGCUCCACGCUGUCGCGACUCUCCCUCAAGGCGGCAGCCUCGUGUUCCCAACGGUUGGGAUCUCGGCGCCUUAGAUUUCCAGCGCCACAAAAGGGAGCUGGCACUUGGCAGAGCGGAGAGCGGGGGCUCUGGAAGCCUCCGGAGCGGGUCCCGGUCGGAGGGCGGGUCUGGCUGCCCCCUAACUGCCGCCCCUGGUUUCUCUCGGAGGAAAGUAAGAGUGAGCCGUGGGCUGCUCUGCUGCGCAGCACCGUGGGCGGGAACACGGAUUGGACCCCGAACAGUCAGCCAUUACCACCGCUGCCUGCUUUUCCCAGCCAGGAAUCUCUGCCUGACCCAGAGUCCACUGUGCCUCCUGAGGUCUUCACUGUAGGAUCCAAGACUUUUUCCUGGACGCCUUUUCCGCCUGCCCUUCGUGGCUCUGGAAGCUCCUGCCGCCUGUUACGUUGUCCUGAAGGCUCUCCGGGGUCACCUGCUCCAUCCCUGAAAGGAUGCCCUGCACUGGAUUCCCGUCAAACUCCCAGCACCCAGGAGUGUGUGCAGAGUCAACUUGUGUUGCUGAACUGCCCAUUGUGCCAGAAGGCAUUUGACCCGAAGCUGACCCAGCUAGAUGUGGAUAGCCACCUUGCUCAGUGCUUGGCUGAAAGCACAGAAGACGUGGUGUGGUGACCUGCAGGCUGCCUUGCUGUAUCCUCUCCUUCAAGCCUAUAUGCUGACAUUGGAUGUGGCUGCUGAGAGGUCUCUGGGACACCUGAGGGCUGGCUCCUUCUGGUUUUGUUCCUGGGCACAGGACGUAGUGCUGGUCACUGACAGCAGGCAGCAGAUCCCCUGCGGGCUCAUUUUCAUUGUCAGCCUAAUUGCAUUUGGAAUCACCUAGGAGACACAUCUCAGGGUGGAGACACAUCUCAGGGUGAGCCUGUGAAACUGUUUCUAGAGAUUAACUGGGAAAGGAAGAGCCACUUGAAUGUGGGUGGCACCCGUGGCCUGGGGUCCCACUGAUUGACUAUGUGUGGCACCAUGGCCUGGGGUCCCACUGACUGAAAAGGGAAAAAGGAGAAAUUGAGCUGUUUCCUGAUUGGGGAUGUGAUGAGACACACUUCUCACCUAUGCCCUCCCUGCUACAGGGACUGUACCUUCUUCAACUUGUGAGCCAGAAUAAAUCUUAAGUUGCUUUCCA